AUGGCCUCGCAGGAGUAUAAGCUCGAGUCGAUCAAGGCGACGCGCAUUGCGGCCGACGACAUUGACACGACUUUCCGUUCCAGCUCCAUUGGACGCCCUGCCUUUUUCAACGGCAACCACGCGGCCGCCCAUUCGGUCGAGGGCGUUUAUAACCUCAACGAUGACGAGGUCGUCUCGUGGAAGGGCGAGCGCGGCGGGUGGGAGACGAUCCUCGGCGUCGAGGAGUGCGGUCCCUCGCAGCGCUUCGGAUGGAAGCUCGACGUGCCCACGACGAAGAAGUACACGCACGUCCGCCUCAACAUGUACCCCGACGGCGGCAUUGCGCGGUUCCGCCUCUUCGGCCACGCGGUGCCCGUGUUCCCCGACGACAAGGAGGCCAUCCUCGACCUGGCGUCGGCGCAGAACGGCGGCGUCGCCAUCUCGUGCAGCGACCAGCACUUUGGCACCAAGGACAACCUGCUGCUGCCGGGGCGCGGCAAGGACAUGGGCGACGGAUGGGAGACGGCGCGCUCGAGAGGCAAGGACCACGUCGACUGGACCAUCAUCCGCCUGGGUGCGCCGACGCGCGUGCAGAGCCUGCUCGUCGACACGGCGUACUUCCGCGGCAACUACCCGCAGCAAGUCAAGCUCGAGGCCAUUCAGUGGGAGGGCAGCGGGGAGCCUGGUGUCGACGCUGAGGGCUGGAAGGCGCUUGUGGCGCCGAGCAAGUGCAAGGCGGAUUUCGAGCACGAGUUUGACAGCCUGCUGAAGGAUACCGUGACGACGCACGUCAAGCUCGUCAUCAUUCCCGACGGCGGUGUCAAGCGAGUGCGUGUCUACGGCAAGCGGGCAUGA